AUGGAUAAACUCAAGGAAAAAAUCAACAAUUUGAAAUUAGAUUCUGAAAAGUGGCAAGAAAAGUCAGACGAGUUGGCAGAGAGAAUCAAAGAAUUGGAACAGGAAAGUUUGGAAAAAGACAACCAAAUUCAAGCAUUAACUAGAAAAAACCAAGUCUUGGAAGAUGAAGUUGAAAAAUUAGAAGCUAAUCUUAAUGAUAUUAAACAAGCUGCUGACGAGUCUCAUUCUCUUAAAACCUCAAAUGAAAACUAUACCAAAAAGAAUCAAGUUUUGGAAGAAGAAUUGGAAGAAGCUGAUAAGAACUUGAAAGAAACUACUGAAAAAUUGAGAGAAACUGAUAUCAAAGCUGAACAAUUGGAAAGAAAAGUUGCUAGCUUGGAAAGCGAAAAGGAAGAACUUGAAAAGAAAUAUGAGGACUUGACUGAACAAUAUAAUAGCGCCAAGGCUGAAUUGGAUGAAAUCAGUCAACAAUUGGAAGCUAUUUAG